AUGGUCUGCCUUAAGCAACUUUCUCUUACCGCCGUCGUGGCCUUCAGCCUUUCUGAGACAGGGCUUGCAGCGCCUAUUUAUGCUCCCAUAAACGAGCGCGCCCUUGAGGAUCGAGCGAUCAAGAACCUCGUCUCUGGUAUCCGCAAGCAUGGCGGGAGUGCUUUUGAUAGCGGCCUUGCGGCAGUGGGUGCAUUCGCGGAUUUCAAGACUGCCUUUUUCCCCCAGCCACAACAGCCUCAGCGAAGAAGCCUCGAGCGCCUUGAAGACCGCGGUGUUAAGACCCAGAGGUUGAAGAAAAUUGCGUCUUCUGUCGGCCGGAAUACCCCUAAGACUGUGGAUCGCCUCGCUACGGUAUUGAGUACGGCCGCAGGUGUCAAGACUGCCUUGUUCCCUCAGCCUCAGCAGCCUCAGCAGCCUCAGCGAAGAAGCAGAAGCCUCGAAGAGCUUCAACAGCGCGCUUUUGAGGAUUACAUUAGAGAACUUUACUUUUAG